GGCUGAAUGCGAUAUUUCGAGAAAAAUGAGCACACACACACACGCACACAAAUGCCCAGAUGGAGUCACACGUGGACGAGUCAAGGGUCAGUCAAUCAAUUCAGUCACCGUCCCCGCUGCGCGUCUUCCCUUGCCUUUUCCUCUCUAUCCCGCAUGCACUGUAAGGACAUACUGGCCCCCAUGACUGGUGUACGCCUUCUCUGACGACUGCACAGGUCGCCACGGAGAGCCGCGGUGUUGUUGGGAUGGUUGUUGGUGCAUUGAGGUUCGGGUGAUGGUGAGAGGGCAGGUUUUGCGAGUGAGAGCAGGGCUGGGUGAGAGGGGUGCCGCGCCACCUGCUUCAUGAUCCGCUUCAUGCGCACCUCACGAUCCCUGUGUGAAUGUGAAAGAGGGUCAGCGCAAGGCCACCUCUCUGUCCAUGGCUCCGUUUAUGGCUGACUGGCUGGCCGUGCCUUUUUUACCAUGCUUGGUUGAGCGCCUCUCUCUCAUAGGCCUUCCACAGCUGCUCGUUGCGAGACAACGAUGCCAACUCCUCCUACAAAUGCCAACAUGUGUCUAUGUCUCUCUCCCCCCUCCCUCUUUCCCUCCCUCUGUGUGUGCCUACAUGUGUGGUGGCCAGGAGCUCUUUCUCAAAGAGCUGCUCCUUCGUCCGAUCGGACUCACGCAGCUGACGGUUCACCGCCACCUGUAGACAGGCAAGUGAGAGAAAGAGACAGCACUUCCUGACUGUGUGGAUGGUUGGAUGGGCGUGUGGGUGGGUGGGUGGGUGAAUGACUGAGUGACCUGGUUGUCCAGUUCCUUUUUGACUUCCAAUUUCUUUCGCCUGAUGAUGUCCCUCAUUUCGUCUGGCGGCGGCUCAGACCACUUGGGGAAUUCGUGACACGACGCAGCUGCAUCGAAUUCGCAAACAGGGGUCCACGUGUCUCCGCAAUGAAUGUCUCGCGUGUGGGUGUGUGAGCGGUCAGUUCACAUACCCUGUAUAUACUCAUCUUUGUCCCUCUUGGCCCGCUCUCUGUCCCAUUUGAUCUGGCCCUCCAAAUACUCGCGAUGCUGCACUCGACACACAAAGACAUGAAUAGCCACAGACACCCCUCACGACUGGACUGACCAGUGCCUGUCUGCGUCUCUUGUCCAUCUGAGCCCUCUUUUCCUCCUCGUGUGCAUGCUGCAGCCGCUCCUCGUGGAUUUCCCGCUCACGCAGCGCCUGAGCCGCCUCCACCUCCAGCUGAUGAUCCGAUCGACGCCCACACGUGCACACAUGCACGCGUAUGCCCGCACAAUGCAUCCACGUAUUGGGUGUGUCUCAUCCACCAUCCACUUGCCUGAGUGACGGCUCGGUCGAGGGCGCCUUCCAUCGCAGACACCACUCCCUUAGGCGGCGACGCACCACCCCUGGUAUGCAGACACAGGCGAGAAAAGUGUUCAUCUGCUGUGCUGAUGGAUGGAUGGAUGGAUGCUGCUUACGACUGGAAGGACUGACGUCCCACGGGCACGGGAAUGGGUGGCUCCUUGACAGACGGUGUGGGUUCUUCGCGCAUCGGCUGCUGCUGAGCUGCUGGUGGGGGGACGCACCCAGACGGCAUGUCUCUAUCUCUGUUGUCACCUCCCUCUCCAUCUCCCGAUCCAGGAAGGCGCGUGAGUAUCUCCGCCCCAUCCUUCGAACGCUCAAACGACCACCGGCCCUCAGCGCUCAUCUGAGGCCGCUGACACGUGUCGCCAGUCGGCUGCUCACAGGCAGCAGCAGCAGCAGCAGGGACCUCCUCUGCCUGCUGGUGCUGCUGGUGCUGCUGGUGCUGAUGUCUGUUGGAUCGCUGUGUGCCGGUUGCUGUGCGUGAGCGCGUCUGUGUUUGGCCAUAGAAGUCGUUUUUGACUUGUCUGAUUGACGGGAGCUGGAAGUCUUUGGACGGCUGGUAUGGGUGGGUGGAGGGGGAAGGGAUGGGGGUGGCCGACUGAGUGGAGGAGGCUGAGGGCACCCGACGGUUGUACUGAUAGAUGGAUGAGACGAACACAGGAAAGAAUGCAGGUGUGUCGGUGUUGGGAAAUGUGUCUCUCGUGUACCUGUGGCUGGUUGAACACGAAUCUGACUCUCCUGCUUGAGGAGAUGAGGCGGCCAACUUCGAACGAAAUCGACACUAUCCCGCCUGACCGACGUCAGGUGCGUGCAACAAAUUGAUUACUACAGACUCAGAUGACUUGCUUUGCUCACCCCUCGCCAUGGCAACGCCUAAGAGAGAGAAAACCAGGGCAGCAGAUGAGUCGAUCGGCCAGAGCUCAGCACUUACCCAGCUGCUGCAGCAGAAGCUUCAGGUCGAAAGCCAACGCCUGUUUUGUCAAUCCUGCACCAACGCACCUGCUGAGCGUUUAUGCAUUCCUCCCACUGGUCUGUCUAUGUCACCUCUGCUGAAUCGCAGAGCCAUCAGGCUCAAGUUGAGGUCCUGAGACACACGUAAAGUGUUCAUUCACACCCUGCGAACAGAUUGGAUUCGGUUGCUCCGCUUGCCUCGCAUUUGGUGCUGUCUUGAGCACCAAAGGGUCCCCGCGCCCGGACAAACGUCAGGCCGAAGGCCUGGCAGAAACUCUCACUGCACACAUCACCACCAGACCGAAGAAUGGGACCACACAACAGGAUGACACACAAGUUGUCGGUUGCUUGCACCUGAGGUUGAAGUUGGGGAAGUAGACAGCGGCCGAGCACUGUGUGCCGCCCGGUGUCUUGGGCACUGCAGCUGGUGGAGGGUGAGUGGCCUCCUCACCUGCACAUGUAUCCACCAGAGACAGACAAUGUUGUCUCAGCCGCAAGCCGGACGCGUUUGUCUGUCUACCAGUGUUGGACGCGUGCUGCCUGAUCCUCUGCAGCGUCCAACCCAGGGUCGCAAAGCUGGGGAUUCGGACGGUCUGCCUCUGGUGAAAGGCGUGCGAGAGAUAUCGAUUCAGUGUGUCCCAUGCCUCCCUCAACUCGGGCACUGCAAAAGGCAACGCGGUCAACCGACCACCUCAUGUGGAUAUCCCCCCAUCCAUACCAGGCGAGUAGGGGCCGCCAGCAGUGCUGCCGGCCGUCUGCCGUCCCGUCUGCUGGCGGCUGCUUGUCCCAGUCACUGUUGCAAUGGCACCCUCUCUGCUCUUCCCUCGCAGCUUCCCUUGCCGCUCGGCGGUCUCCACUAUGAGCGAAUUCAGGUUGUAGGCAACCGAAGGAAGCGGCGGAUGGCCGGCACGCGACAUCCUGAGAUAUUGCCG